GGAGUUCCACACGUGAUGCUCUUAUACAGGAUCCUGGACGGAGGUAAAGACCGAGAGCAGAAAGACCUCAGUCAGUCAGCAUCAGCACCCGGAAGGAGCAGCGUCUCAGCCUAAAUACUUUUCUUUUUUAACAUUGGUCCUUUUAUCUGAGGCUAAACUCUUAUUUUUAUUUCGUUUCUUUUUGACCAAACGGCUCCGAUUAGUACCAGAGUCCGUCCACAGCCUCCAGCCUGCAUCUCUCCUCCUGCUCCUCUUCCUCUCCAGCACCUUCUUUCUUUCUUUUUAGGGUUUCUGACAGAGUGUUGGAUGCAUCGGCCGGCUGGAGCGGUGCUGGCGGCUCUGACCGUCUUCCUCUGGUGCGGACCGGCCCGGUGCGCGGUGAUCCGGAACCACCAGCAGCAGCAGCAGCAGCAGACCGACCGGCCGAUCAUCGGUGUGUUGGCACAGGAAAACCUCCCAGGAGACCAGUUCGCUCGAGGCUCCUCUUACAUCGCUGCCUCCUACGUCAAAUACCUGGAGGGGUCUGGAGCCAGAGUCGUCCCCAUCCGAAUCAAUCGCACAGAAGAGGAAUAUGCUAAGAUAUUCUACUCAGUAAAUGGGUUGUUGCUGCCGGGAGGAGAUGUAGAUCUGCAGACAUCACAGUUCAGCCGAGCCGCCAAGAUCUUUUACAACUUGGCUCUGAAGGCCAAUGAUGCUGGAGACUACUUCCCGAUCUGGGGAACUUGCCAGGGCUUCCAGCAGCUGUCCGUCCUCACGGCCAACAAAAACCUGCUCACGCUCACUGAUACCAAGGCUGUGGCUCUACCUCUCACCUUCACACCAGCGGCCCAGUCCAGCCGUUUGUUCCGGAGUUUUCCCAAAGAUCUGCUUCAAUCUCUGGCUGAUGAAAACAUCACUUCCAACUUCCACAGCUGGAGUCUGUCAAUGCAGAACUACAGCCGAAACUCCAAGCUGAAGAGGUUUUACAAAGUCCUCUCCACCAACAACGACGGAAAGAAAGAAUUCAUCUCUACCAUGGAAGCCUUCCGCUACCCAUUUUAUGCAGUGCAGUGGCAUCCAGAGAAGAGCCCUUUUGAGUGGAUUGAUAAAUCUGGCAUGGUUCACUCCAGUUCUGCUGUAAGAGCCAGCUUCUACACUGCCAGCUUCUUUGUCUCUGAAGCCAUGAAGAACCAGCACCAUUUCUCCAGUCCUGCAGAGGAAGACAGAGCUCUCAUUUACAACUUCUCUCCUGUGUACAGAGGCAUCCAUGCUGUUUUUGUGCAGAACUAUUACUUUGAUUGAUGGAAAGUGCUGAAGAUGAAGCAAACCCGGGCUCAGUUUUGUCACAAUUUGCCAGCUGUAGAACAUCUUGGCCCAAGUCACAAACCAAACUCGAUGGAGUUGUCACUUACUGUAGUCGCGAACAUCGACAAAAUGCAGCAGAGUAGUGAUGAAAAAUAGAAGUAAAUAAGCCAAAAUAUAUGUCAGAAAUUUUACCAUUUUUCAGGAUAAUAGGAAAAUACAAACAUAAAAUGCUAAUAAAAAUAUAUAUAAAUGAAAUAGUGCCAAUAUGUACAAAUGGAAAUUAAAUUUAGAUUUAAUUUACAGCGCUCGUUUAACACAUCGCCACCCCUCUAGAACUACUACAACACAAUUCCACAGCUACAGUCCAGAGUGACGUGUAUUUUAUAAGAGGUAGCAGAAUUUGUUACAGGUGCAAUGGUUGAAUGUAAUUUUUGGAGUAACAAAACAGUAGAAUCUGUCAGCGUUUCAUCUGAUUCUGUGUAAAUUCUCAGUCAUCCAGAUCAUCAUGGUAAUUCUCAGUGAUUCUUUAGAAGACAACUGGAUUUCGAUUUUUGGUUCCUGAAAACAUUUCGCCUCUUCUCCAAGGGUUUCCUCAGUUGUUACUGACUUGUUGGGAGUCCCAGGUAAUUAUUUUCAGCCCCGAAACACAUGGCUAAUUACCGGCUAAUGAGCCAAGACUAAUUCCUGGAGUUUUAAAUGCUUGUAAAACUUAUCUGUGAAGUCUUGUCCUCAGGAGCUGGAUCUCCUGUAUUUUAUCAUGCACUUGUGGAGUGGUUUUUUAGUCUCCUCUGCAUAUAGGUCUGUGCUCUCCUUGCUACAUUAGGCUGGAAAUACAACUUGCUAGGACACCAGUCAAUGUUUGCCUGAAAUUUCUACUGAAGAUGAACCCAAAGUAAAUUGAAUGCUGUUCUUGAACUGUUUGGAGUACAUGCAUGGUUCUGGUCUCAUUUGAAAGCUGACAACCUGAAUUUUCACCCAGUGCAGUCAGAAUUACUCUAGGUGCAACUGGCACAGAGUAUUUUAUAUUGGAACACACUGAAUUAGGAUGAUUUUUUUUUUCGCCUAAAUUUUUUCCUUAAUAAAACACCUGAAAAUAAGUGUGGCAGCAUUGUGAGAGCUUGAAAACACAAAAAGGCAACAGCCUGGGGUAUUACUUAGUUCAGGUCAAAAUUUCAGAGCAAUACUACAAGAAAUGAGUGCUUCAGACAUGUCUUUGUACUAAUAUGCCCAGGCGCUGGCCAUUUUGCCCACUCUUGGCACACCCUCGGGACAAUGGUAUAUGUACGUUUUUCUGUCCGGUUUUGAAAUUAUUUUCACUCCAAAACCUCAAAAGCAACUCAUAAAAACACUCAAACACAAUUCACUGGGAGACAGAGCAGACAGACACAGAUGGGCCUGUGAGUCUGCUCCCCUGGAGCACAGCUCUCAGACACGCAAGCAGAGUGUCUGUGUUGACAUAGAUAUAUAUGUCAGGGUAGAGACUGCGAUUUGGUAGAAUUGGAGUUUUUACCAGUAGAGAUUGCGAUUGUAAUCUCUACCAGUAGAAACUCCAAUCCUACCAGUAGAGAUUGCGAUUGGAGUCUCUACCAGUAGAGAUUGCAAUUGUAAUCUCUACCAGUAGAAACUCCAAUUCAGUUCAAGUUGCAUUGCCUACUGGUGCAGCUCUGAACUAAAGUCACACUUCAGUUUGAAACCAAAAAUAUCAAUAUUUAAUGGCAUUGCUGGUUUGCGUCCACUUGAUUCUAGUAUAAUUGUUCUUGGUUAUUGAUAAGAUAAAUAGCAUAAUAGCACUAUAUGCAGGUGUCGGAUGUUUCCUUUCAAACUGCUGUGGUGACAUUAUUCCAUGAAUGGCUUUUACUUAUGAUAUCUAAACAUCCUCACUUUGAACUAGGUGAGCUGCUCAAGAAUUAUACAGUGAGACCACGCCUAUUGGAAAUAACAUAUAGUGUCUGGAUGUCCAAGCUUGGAUUAUGGCCGUUUUUUUUGGUGGAAUAUUUUCAUCUUUGACCAGUUAUGAGCGUUUAUGAGCCUCCAAAGGUGAGUUGUGCACAUUUACGUGAUUUGUUGUUUGUUGGACAAAUGUGUUUAUAUUACCCACUGUGGUAAUCACAUCUGAAAGUGGUUUAUACCGGCAGAUUCAUGCCAAUCUAAGCUUUCCAUAGGUGUAUAGUGUUUCUAUCAUCGAGUUUGCAGCCUGGGACGUUUAGUAAAAUGCUUAUGCAGAUCUCAAAGUGUCCUGAAGCGCAAAUGUGUGUAGCUUGUGUGUCUGACGACUUUCUCCAAACUCGUUAUCCUGGUGCACUAGAACCCAGCAACAAACUUAAAGCUUAGUUCACCCUAAACACCAAAAACAAGUCCAGUUGCCUUCUACUGAAGCACUUAAGAUUAGUCUGAUCCCAUUUACAUGAAGCUUAUUUUCCACUAAACUCCUCAUAUCCUCCCCAUGCUGUUAACGCUGUCUUCAGUCUAAAUUGAAAUGCAGUGAUUUGACUUUUUUGAUGGCGGGAUGAUUCAAACUAAUAAGAUAGGGUCUUUCUUGUACUGUAGGAUUAAUUAUGGCAUGCUAAACACAAAAAUACUUUUUCUAAGUAUCCAAUUUUAGUCAUUGCAAUAUGUGUCUGAGCUGCUUGCUAAAUGCUAAUGUCCUAGUAUAUCAUAUUACUAAAAUGCUUUACUGGAUAUUUUAUGUUUCUCUCUUUUCAGUUUUGUUACCUCCCUUAAGUUUGCACACAUCCAGUCUCAGUUUAAUCCCCUAAACUGCUGCUCUGUCUGUUUUUAUUGUUCUUUUCAACCCCUUUAAUCCUGUUGUACGAUGAGUUUUUGGUGAAACUUUUGGAAAGCAGCAGCUCCAAGGUCAAAUCUCAGUGUUUUGUUUGGGUUUUCUUUUGGCUUGAAGGAUGAAUAACCUGCUGAAACUCUGUGCACAGAUACCUUUUUUUUUUUUUUUUUUUUUUGAAAUCUCUGAAUUUUUUAACAUUCCUACUCUGAGUGUUCCAAGCUAGCAUCAGUAUACAUGAGCACAGAAGUUCAAAAGAUUGCACACCACUUGUUGCUCCACUGGGGAGGACUCUGGGCCUGGUUUAGCUUCUUAAAGUCCAGGUGGUUGGAAAGAGCUAGAAGUUAUCAGUACUGCUAAAGCCUGAUGGAAGCGCCUCUUAAACCUUGGCUUAAAUGUGGAUAAUCAGCAAACACUGAAUUACCCCAUUUCCCAUGUUGACUUUGAUAAUCAGCAAGAGAAAACUGAAGUUCAUUGUGAACCCACUGCUGUUUUCUUGUCAGUGUGAAUUGAUGAAUGUAACUCUUUAACAUUCCUUCAGUGGAAAUGGGAGCAAACAUCGUAUACUUUAAGUUCUACUGGCUUUAUUUUGCAGGACCACAAGUUGCUUUGCGUGCAAAGUCUGCAAGUCAUACAGCAGUUUACUCACGUCAGCUGGGAUUGAAAAAAGUCUAUCUUUCAACAACUACCAUCUCAUUUUCAAGUUGGGUUAUCAUUUUUCUAGCAGUGUCUUUGCUCCAAAACCAGAUAUCAGUACCUGAGGAAGCUCCUCAUCUCUUCAUGAUUGUAUUGUCGUGUCUGUUUAUUCAUUUCAGUAUUGUAAUCCUCAUCAAGAGUAUUUUAUAUAACUAUGAGAAUGUAUUUCAUUACAAGCUUUAUCAGACAAAUGAUAUGCGCUUUGUAAAAAUGAAAAUGGAACCUAAAAAUGUCAGAAAUAUGAGGCAAUGCCCUUAAUGCAAAACAUGGAUCUAAGGGAUCAGUUCUGCUUCAGUAUCAAACCUACAAAUGCAUAUUUUUGAGGUUUCAGAAAUUUUAUCAGAAAAAAAAUACUGUUAUUUUUUUUGUUUGUUUGUUUGUUUUUUCCAUCGAAUGUCUCUCCAACCAUUUUGCACAUUUGAACAUUAUACAAGUGAAGGCCAGGCCUGUGAUGAAAAAUACAUCCAAA